AUGCGAUCUCUGUUUGAGCCGAAUGCCUCAACCAAUAAGACAAUUACUCAAUUGUGUGAAUUGGUCAAAACCGAGACAAUUUCGCAUGAAGGCAAUGAUGACCCAGCUUGGGCUGAAAAUGUCGUGAAAACGUUGGCCAAACGUCUAAAAAAGGCAAAAUACCUAGAUGAAUUGGCAAAAGCCAUACUAAAUGAAGAUCGCCAUUCCAAUUGUUGUGCCAUAGCAAGUGAAACCGACAAAAAGAAGUCGCUGAAGAAGGAUCGGUCUCACAUUUUGUACAUAAAGAUGUGGAGAUUUCCAUGGCUGAAGUCUCAUCGCGAACUAAAAGCAGUUGAAAAUUGCCGCUAUCCUUUUUCUAAAAAGGCGGAUCUCGUCUGUAUCAACCCCUACCAUUACGAACCGAUACAUGCAAAGGCACCUCCUCUCCCGCCUGUUGUUGUUAACAAAAAGGCAGGGUACUACCAGGCAGCACCAGCUACGAUGGCUGCACUCAGCAAUCACGGAUUUGCAGCGCAAUCGUACGAAGACCGUGCUCCUAAUGCGUCGAUCAAUGUAGACGAAAUGCGGGCCCACUACCUGUCUGAGGAGAAUUCACCGACAAGCAGCUAUACUGGCUCACCCUCGUCAACAACUCCACCGCUUCGCUUUGCUGUACCACAGUCAUCGGUUUCUGCGUCAAGCACUGGACCAGCUAACUCGUCUUCACCAACUUCAUUCUCGCAGCAAGUCCCAUUAUCUCCAGCAACUGGCUCAUUGAUUUUAACAUCGCAAGCUCAGUCACCGCUGAGCCCGAACUCGUAUCUUAGCGAAGAUCGUGACGAACAUGAAAUGAUGGAUACUAAUGAUGAUCGUAAUCACACAUUUUCCUCCAAUUUUCCACGUCACUCCGGGGCUGAUUUGGUACAAGAGCUCAUCGAAUAUUGUGAACCGGAAUGUUGGAUGUCAAUUACGUACUACGAAGAGGGGAAGCGCAUUGGUGAUCCGUUCAAUGUGCGAUCGCAUUACCUACUUGUGGAUGGCUAUCCUUCGCCAAGUUCCGAAGAAAGAUUCUGCCUUGGAUACUUUGAUGUCGAAAAUCGUCCGGUACCUGUAAUUGAUGCACGUCGGCAAGUAGGCCGAGGAGCGAGGUUUUAUUAUAUUGGCGGAGAGGUGUACUGCGAGUGUCUUUCUGAUGCGGCCGUUUUUGUCCAGUCUCCUAACUGUAACCAACGCCACGGCUGGCAUCCAACGACUGUUUGUAAAAUUCCUCCCAACUGUAACUUGAAAAUUUUCAAUAACGCUGAAUUUGCUGCCCAACUUGCUGAAUCAGUUGAAAAGGGCUAUGAAGCAGUGUACGCUUUGACUCGUCUCUGCACUAUACGAAUCUCGUUUGUCAAAGGAUGGGGAGCUGAUUAUCGAAGGCAAACGAUUGAUGCCACUCCGUGCUGGAUCGAGGCUCAUCUUAACGGACCGUUACUGUGGAUUGACAGAGUUUUGCGUAGUAUGGGUGCACCAAUGAUGGCACAUUCCUCAUUCACCUAG